GCAGCACUUCCGGGCAGGCGCUGCUUCCAGUCGCCAUUCCGGGAGGCGGCACCGGAGCCUCGGCGUUUCCCGCGGCGGGUCCUAGUUCCGCUCUCCACUCUGAUGCUGGACGGGUCAGCGUGUGUCCUACUCUAGGCUGUUUUCUGUGACUUAUUCAAAAAACCAUGUAACUGCUUGUCCUUUGAAGACCAUUUUUGAGGUGUCUUGCAAGACAGCUGCAGUAUUAAAAGUCUUUAAGGAGCACAGUGACAUAAAGAAGAUGGAGGUGUUUCAGGAAUUACACAAACCAUCAGCAAGCCUGGAGUGUGACCACUGUGGUUUCAGAGGCACUGAUUAUGAAAAUGUACAGAUCCACGUGGGCACUAUCCAUCCUGAAUUCUGUGAUGACAUGGACACUGGGGGGCUGGGUAAGAUGAUUUUUUACCAGAAGAGUGCAAAGCUCUUUCAUUGCCACAGGUGCUUCUUUACCAGCAAGAUGUACUCCAAUGUGUACUACCACAUUACGUCCAAACAUGCGGCCCCAGAGAAGUGGAGUGAUAAGCCAAAAAACCAGCUGAACAAAGAGGUAGAGCCUGGGAAAAGCCCAUCUCUUCCUGAGCACCAGAACACAUCUAACCCAGCAGAACUGAGGUCUGCCCCAGCCCUCACCAUAGAAACUCAGAAACUUGGUCCAGGUUUGUCUCCAGAGUCACCAAGUCUUGUUUCCCUGGAACCUCCAAGUGCUGGCCCUGUUGUUUCUCCUGAGCUUCAGACCCCUUGUAUACCUGCUGAACCUUCAAAAUCUGGCCCCGUUUCUUCCCCUGAAUGUCCAGAGACAGCCCCUGUGGUUUCUGAGCUACAGAAACCUGACCCAGUCUCUUCUCCAGAGCCACAGAAGCCCGUGCCUUUGUCUCCGGAGCAAGUGAAGGCUCCCCUUGCUAGCCCGAAACCCCAGAAGCACUCUCCCUUUGCAGACACAGGCCCCCCCACUUCAGCCUUGUCCCCAGAGUCACCAGUUCUGGCUACUUCUCCUGAGCCUUGGGGGCCAUCCCCAACUGCAUCUCCAGAGUCUCGGAAGCCAACACGGACUCUCUCUCCAGAGCCAAGGAAACCAUCCCCAUCAGAGUCUCCUGAACCUUGGAAGUCAUUCCCAGCCAUUUCUCCAGAGCCCCGCAGACCAGCCCCAGCUGUAUCACCAGGCUCCUGGAAGCCAGGGCCACCUGGUUCCCCUAGACCUUGGAAAUCCAGUCCUUCAGUGACAUCAGGACCUUGGAAGUCAACUAAGCCUGCUCCAUCUGUGUCUCCUGGACCUUGGAAACCAAUUCCUUCUGUAUCACCUGGACCUUGGAAACCAACUCCAUCUGUGUCCCCUGCAUCCUGGAAAUCUUCAUCUGGUUCCUGGAAAACUCCCCCCACAUCUCCAGAGUCAUGGAAGUCUGGCCCUCCAGAGCUUCGAAAGACAGCUCCUACCUUGUCACCUGAACAUUGGAAGGUAGUGCCCCCUGUGUCUCCUGAGCUUCGCAGACCAGGCCCACCACUCUCCCCAGAGAUUCGUAGUCCAGCAGGUUCUCCAGAACUCAGGAAGCCUUCCGGGUCCCCAGACCGUUGGAAGCUAUCUCCUGAUCAGCGCAAAACUGCUUCACUUGAUUUUUCUGAGUCCCAGAAAGGUUCCAGUGGUGGCUCUCCUGAUCACUGGAAGUCUUCCUUUAUCGUGGAGCCUCAGAAACCUAAUGUCUUCCCUGAGACCCGGAAACCAGGUCCUUCUGGGCCAUCUGAGUCCCCCAAGGUGGCCUCAGAUAUCUGGAAGCCUGUCCUCUCUAUUGAUGAACCUAGGAAGUCCACAUUGUUUCCUGAGCCCACCAAAACAGUUCCUCCCGCUUCUCCUGAGUCACGGAAACGCAUUCUUUUCCCAGAGCCCCGGAAGCAUGCGCUUUUCUCUGAGCUUCCCAAGUCUGCUGUGUUCUCAGAGUCUCAAAAGGCCAUUGAGCUUGGUGAUGUGCUACAGGUGGAAGCCAUAGAUGAUGCAAAGUGUGAUUCUCUGGUCCAGGAAGAGCUGCUGUCUACACCUAAGAGACUCUUAGAAGAUUCUUUAUUUCCUUCCUCGAAGAAGCUUAAGAAGGACAGCCAAGAAAACUCAGAUGCAGAACUCAGUAGCAGUGAGUACAUUAGAACAGAUUUAGACAACAUAGAUAUUAAGGGUCAAGAGUCGAGCAGUGAUCAAGAGCAGGUGGAUGUGGAAUCUAUUGAUUUUAGCAAAGAGAACAAAAUGGACAUGAGUAGUCCAGAGCAAUCCAAAAGUGUGCUACAGUUCACUGAAGAAAAGGAAGCAUUCAUCUCCGAAGAAGAGAUUGCGAAAUACAUGAAGCGUGGAAAAGGGAAAUACUAUUGUAAAAUUUGUUGCUGUCGUGCUAUGAAAAAAGGUGCUGUGUUGCAUCACUUGGUUAAUAAGCACAAUGUUCAUAGCCCAUACAAAUGCACAAUUUGUGGAAAGGCAUUUCUUUUGGAAUCUCUCCUUAAAAAUCAUGUAGCAGCCCAUGGGCAAAGUUUACUUAAAUGUCCACGUUGUAAUUUUGAAUCAAAUUUUCCAAGAGGCUUUAAGAAACAUUUAACUCAUUGUCAAAGCCGGCAUAAUGAAGAGGCAAAUAAGAAGUUGAUGGAAGCUCUUGAAUCACCUUUGGAGGAGCCACAGUUGUGAUCUUCAAACACAGCAGUCAGCAGUUGUUCUACAACAUUGUUUGCCAAAUCUGUAGCUUGUUAAGUAGCCUAGUUGGGUUAGUAGGUAUGUGUUAUGUAUUCUGUUUAAUUGUCUUAAUAGUGUUAUAAAGAAUAAGCACUUGGUUAUUUUUCCAUGGUCUCUUUGUUUAUGUGGCUGGCUCUUAUAAGUCAAUACAUUUUUACUGUAUAUUCCAGAUGAAUACAACUUCCCAAUUCUUUUAAGCAUAUCAUAUUUUAGUAAUAAUCCAAGGGUGUAGGCAUUCCGUUUAAUAAGAACAAAUUUUAAACAUCUGUCUGUGUGUGUGUGAGAGAGAGCGAGAUUGCAGAUCAUAGUGAUUAGGUGGAAGGCUCAAUGGUAGAACACUUGUCUAGCAUGCAUAAAUCCCGGGGUUUAAUCCCCAGUGCCUCAAAAAGAAAAAUAAAAAAAUUGGAAUGUUUAAGAAUUAGGUAAGAAAACUAAAUUGGGGGAAAAUUGUAUUACCUUAAAUGUAUCAGUCAUGAGUUUUUUUUACGGUCGAUGUACAAUUAGUUUACAAAUCAGUAAUAGUUCUAGAUGCUCACUAUUAUGUUAUGGAAAGUUGGAGACUCAAGAUCACUGGUUUUCUGCUGACAGGAGAGUUGAGUGGGUAUUUGAAGCAGUUUUCUAUUUUCUGCAGGAGGCUAAAAUGGCCAGUGUGAUCAAGGUCACAUUUGUCCUUUCCAAUGGAGUCUUCCAUGUAGUAUCUUACCCUUCACUUUUCUGCCAGAUCACAAUUAAAAAUGAUCCUUAAUUGCCAAAUGUGUUAAGAGUUUGUACUUCUACUCCUGGUCCUUAAAUUUUCCUGUUUGGGCUCAAGAUCAGAGAGCUUACGACCAGAGUAAUAGGGAGGAGCUGAAAAGUCUUCCAUAUUCACAGUAAAAAGUUUUAUAUAGAGAGCCAGUGUGUUAGUUCAUACCUAUAGUCCCAGCUGCUUGAGAGACUGAGGUAGGAGCAUUGCUUGAGCCUAGGAGUUCAAGAUGAUCCUGGGAAGCAUAGUAAAACCUUGUUAAUUAAAAAAAAAAAAAAAAAAAAACAAAAAAAAACCUUACAGACAUUUCUGUUGGUGAAGUAUUUUAAUUUUUUCUUAGUUUUGUCACUGUAAAUACCUUGUACUUGUUCAUGGAUUAUUCUAAGGUAUUUUGUUAAGUAUGCAUUAACUAAAUUAAAAAGACUUUUCAUGUCAACAUCUUGUGUGCUUUCUAUGGUAAUUGCAUUAGUGUGCCUUCUGUUCCUGUGGCACAUAUGUGACAGAUUUAAAUAGAAAAGGUUUAUUUUGGUUCAACCCAUGGUUGGGUGGCUCUGUUAAAUUUAUACCUUUAGCAAGGCAGGAAGGGCAUGGUGGAGGUGCUGCUCACCUCAUGGUGGUAGGAAGCAGAGAAGAGUAAUAGGAAGGGAUCAGGGCCAAGAUAACAGCCCUUAAAGACAUGCCUUCAGUGAUCCUGCUUCUUGAACAGGGCUCCAUCUUCCACAGUUCCACCAACUACCAAUAGUCUGAACAUUGCCCUGCUCAGAGCUCUAAUCCUAUCGGAAAUGCCCUAAAACACACCAGAGGUGUGCUUUACUAAUGUCCUAGGUGUCUUAAUCUAUUUAAGUUGACAAGAUUGCAGUAAUUUUCCAUUUCUCCCUAUUCCCAUUUGUUUUCAGCAUUUUCCAUUUGUUUUAUGUAUUGAACAGUAUAUUCUAAGAUGUGUUUUCUCUGAGCUCUGUGAUUAGUUAAAUUUGGAAACAUCUUUGGCACUUUUGGAAAUCUUUUCAUGCACAGUAGCAUAUUAAAGAUUUUGAUUCCCAUGA